GCAACACAGCUGUAGAAUCUGUGAAUUUAGACGUGUCGAGUCGUCGUGGGCAUGUCAUGUCAAUAAAAUAAUUUUAUUUCUUCCUAAUUCUGUAAAUGUGCUGAUAUAUUUAAUUUAUUAGGAGUUAAUUGAAGUCUAUGUUUUAUUUACAUUCAAAACUUAUGAUUAAAAUGCCACUUUCGUCUACAGUUGUGUCUAUUAUCAGUUUGUGUUAAAAUUCGUGUUACAAAACGUGAAAUAAUUCAGAACCAAAGUGUUCAUAAUUAGACAAGAUGGUGUUAGCUGACUUAGGUCGAAAAAUAACAACUGCCCUGCAAUCUUUAAGCAGGGCAACCAUUAUCAAUGAGGAGGUGUUGAAUUCUAUGCUAAAACAAAUAUGUGCAGCACUACUAGAAGCAGAUGUGAACAUAAGGCUGGUCAAAAACCUCCGUGAGAAUGUGAGAGCAGUUAUUGAUUUUGACGAGAUGGCUGGUGGUCUCAACAAAAGACGCAUGAUACAGUCUGCUGUGUUCAAAGAACUGGUUAAGUUAGUAGACCCUGGUGUCAAACCAUAUCAGCCAGUGAAGGGCAAGCCCAACAUCAUCAUGUUUGUAGGUCUUCAAGGUUCCGGAAAGACCACUACUUGUACAAAGCUCGCUUAUCAUUACCUAAGAAAAAAUUGGAAAUCAUGUCUGGUGUGUGCUGAUACAUUCAGAGCUGGUGCGUACGACCAGGUUAAACAAAAUUGUACCAAGGCCAGAAUCCCAUUCUAUGGAAGUUAUACAGAAGUAGAUCCGGUAGUGAUAGCUACAACCGGUGUGGAAAUGUUCAAGAAAGAAGGUUUUGAAAUGAUCAUUGUUGAUACAAGUGGUCGUCACAAACAGGAAGAGUCACUAUUUGAGGAGAUGUUGGCUGUUGCCAAUGCCAUUAAACCAGAUAAUAUUAUAUUCGUUAUGGAUGCUACAAUUGGUCAAGCUUGUGAGGCACAAGCAAAAGCUUUCAAAGAAAAAGUUGACAUUGGAUCUGUCAUUAUAACAAAAUUGGAUGGACACGCAAAGGGUGGUGGUGCACUCUCAGCUGUGGCAGCGACAGAAAGUCCUAUAAUCUUCAUUGGUACCGGAGAACACAUUGACGAUUUGGAGCCUUUCAAAACAAAACCAUUUAUUAACAAAUUACUUGGCAUGGGUGAUAUUGAGGGCCUUUUGGACAAAGUAAAUGAACUCAAGUUAGAUGACAAUGAUGAACUUUUGGAAAAGCUGAAGCAUGGACAAUUUACAUUGAGAGCUAUGUAUGAACAGUUCCAAAACAUAAUGAAAAUGGGACCAUUCUCACAAAUUAUGGGAAUGAUCCCAGGUUUCUCACAAGACCUGAUGUCAAAAGGCAGUGAACAAGAAUCAAUGGCGAAAUUAAAACGACUUAUGACCAUUAUGGAUUCUAUGAAUGAAGGCGAGUUAGAUCACCGUGACGGUGCAAAAUUAUUCUCGAAGCAACCAACUCGAAUCACAAGGGUUGCACAAGGCGCAGGUGUAACAGAAAGAGAUGUCAAAGAUCUCAUCACCCAGUACACAAAAUUUGCAGCUGUUGUGAAAAAAAUGGGAGGCAUAAAAGGUCUAUUUAAGGGAGGUGACAUGGCUAAAAAUGUCAACCAAAAUCAAAUGGUAAAACUCAAUCAACAGAUGGCCAAAAUGAUGGACCCCCGCAUACUACAGCAGAUGGGUGGCAUGACAGGUCUUCAUAACAUGAUGCGACAGUUGCAGCAAGGUUCUAGUGGAAUGAACAGUCUAAUGGGGGGAAAAUGACACUAGAUAAUAACUUAUCCGUGUACUCUUUUAACAAUACCUAAAAAAAUAAAAAAGGAAAUGAAUUGUUUUA